AUGUCAAAAGUUCAAGCCUCUGUCGUUAAAGUUCCAGACAGUGAACUCAUUGAAUUUCUUCAACGUUACAUUCGACGUAAGAGGAAAUAUUAUGCCAUCGUUGAAUUUAUACAGUCAGGAAUGCAAAAGACUUCUGAGGAGAUGGAAAGAAUUAUUGACAAACACCACUUACGUCAAUACUCAGGAGUUUACGAUAUGAAACGACUUACAAACUACAUUCUAUCAAAACUUUCAAAAUACCCCUUCAAAAAGUAUCCUUCAAACACUCUGCUCGUUUGUGACGACUUCGCCGGAAAAGGUUUAGUGUCAAAACCAGACUCACCAUUAGCUAACAUCAUUACUAAAGUCAGACAUUACCAUUUAACUGUAGCAAUACUUAUGCAAACAUGGAGGUUUUUAGCUUUAAACAUAAAACGUCUCAUAACUGACUUCGUUAUCUUUCAAGGUUUCUCACGCUAUGAUAUUGAACUCAUUUGGAAACAGUCAGGUAUAACAUUACCUUUUGAAGAAAUUUGGGAAGCAUAUAAGUCUCUCAUCUCUCCUCGUUCAUACCUUGAGAUUCAUAUCAUGACUAAUACCAUUAAAGUCAAAAAUAUUCCAUGGGAACGACCAACAUUGUUUUAA